AUGGCUGAAGCAUACAAGAUUGCAGAGGGAAACAGUCGGAGUGCAAGUGCGAGAGGAAAGACACAGUAUGACCAAAAAGAGAGAGGAGUAGUACUAAAAGUGGGAGACAGAGUACUCGUCAGGAACCUUGGUGAACGAGGAAGCCCCGGGAAGUUACAAUCCUAUUGGGAGAAAAUGAUCUAUGUAGUGAGAGAACAAGUCUCAGAUAACCCAGUUGUGAACAAAGCUGCCUUCAUUCCAGCUUUCGCCACGCAGUCCACCCUCAGCAUCCUGGCACUGACAGAGACAUGGAUACGUCCUGAGGAUACAGCAACACCUGCUGCUCUCUCUAACAACUUCUCCUUCUCCCACACCCCUCGACAUACUGGUAGGGGUGGGGGAACAGGUCAGCUGACAAGCUUUCUUGAGGAAUUGGAUGUCCUGCUGUCCUCCUUGCCAGAGGAUGGCAGGCCACUUGUGGUUCUUGGUGAUUUCAACAUACACCAGGACAAACCCCAGGCCAUUGAACUGAAUACUCUUCUGGCCUCAUUUGACUUGGAAAGACUACACACCACAGCAACUCACAGGUCGGGCAACCAGCUGGACCUCAUUUUUACACGUAACUGUACCACCUCUAAUAUUCUUGUUACACCUUUACAUGUUUCUGAUCACUACUUUGUUCAAUUCAACAUGAUUCUCCCAUCCAUUGUAAAACCGACCCCACCUUUGGUUUCCUUUCGCCGUAACCUCCGUUCCCUCUCACCCUCUCGCCUUUCCACUGAUGUCUCUGCCUCUCUUCCCACAAUAAAUGUAUUUUCCAUGCUUGAUGUGAACACUGCCACAGACACACUUAGCUCUACUUUAACAACCUGUCUAGACAACAUCUGUCCUCUC